CUUGUGCGUCAGUACGACAGAACAACGGACCGCUUGUCCGACUACGAACGUUUCAAGGGUCUGAUUGCCAGCGGGGACGUUGAGGGCGCAGACCGUGUUGUCCGUGUUGCCAUCAACAACCAUCGCAGCGUCUCCGAGAUUUGCAACCGCAUGGUUCGUGCAACACUUGGACUGUACAACGUCAAGAGCUUCACGCGGAAGCAUUACGACCUCAUGCGUCUGACCGGCGCUCUCGGUGGACCCAAGCUGCAGUUUGCAGUGGCCGAUGCCCUGCAGCUCCCAGCAAUCUCGACUACACGUACACACUCACUAGUUCUGCUCAUUGAGGCAUGCAUUGGCUUCCCCAUCCUUGCGGAGUUUUUGCAUAAUCUUGGUGCUCUUGACAGUGCAGGCGUCUUGUGGGAAAGUCGUUCCAGCGAGUCGCAAACCGUGUCUCGUCAACGGCGACGUGGGUUCCAAAUAAUGGUCGACGAGCUUGCCCUUGAAGAGCGACCGCGUUAUGACGGUCGGCGUGAUGCGGUCCUUGGAAUGGCUCGCGAGACGGCACAUGAAGUGGAUCUCGGUGUUCUCACCUUGGAGAACCUAGAAGCUGCGGCUGAUGCGCUCGAGGACGGGUCUCUGGCUGUCGCAAAGGAAGCGACUAUGAUGGGCCUUGCCGCAUUUGGCUACGACGACUACACCGCGUUCCCGAUCAUGAUAUCUGGCACGAACAAGACUGAGCGUGACGUCAAGCAAGCCGAAUGGAUUCACCUUGCCAUUGAUGCUUGGGAAAGCGGGAAGCCUGCGGAAUCGGAGCAGACGUAUGAGGAGCGCUAUGGCGAACUCUGGUGUGUAGGUUCUGACGGGGAUGCAACACGCCGUAGGGCUCUUCAUCGCGUCUUGAUGGCGGAGAGACUGUCUCCAAACACUAUGGGCGCGCUGUACCGGCUCCUCUCAUCUCUUCACCGCAUGAACAUGCAAUGCGGGAGUAAAGGUCGUACAAUGACCAUAGACUACAAACACAAGUUCAAGAACUUUGCAACCCUUCUCCGCGGCACUGCAGGUGUCCUCGUUGCAGACUAUCAUGUAACACCUGUGCUACUCAGACAGAAAUUAACGGCUGUCCUGGGAUACAAGGACUCGAAGCUUACCUCCCUCUUCGACCACAAAGAUCACCAGAAUGUCCCCGUCGCGGUUGCAUUGCUCCAAUCGCUCAAGAGCCUUGCAAAAGCGGACAACUUCGCCCAAGAAGUUGAGAAUCGUCCACUUGUUCUGCUUGGGACGUUCGCGGGCUACCUUGUCGAGCCGUUCAUAACGCCCACCUUGUCGUUGUCAGAACAGUUGACAAUGCUCUCGGCAGCCGCACACUUACUCUGCCUGCUCUACCGGCGCAACCGGACUUCGUUCUGUCCCGGGCAGUGGUAUUAUGAUGUCCAAACCUUCAUCAAGAACAUAUUCUGGACGACAGCGAAGAUGAAGACACUU